AACAUUUCAAAUGUCUUCAAAAUGAAAACAAAUCUUCAAAUCUGGCAUCUCUGGUGCGUGCUCGAAAUCAAAAAGCUGUGAUGUGGGUGCAUUUUUGCUGCUUGUGAUUUUCAGGAUUUUCAGUCUACAGUUUUCUUACCAUUAAUUGACCGUUUCGUCACAGUCAGUCUGCAGAAUAUGAAUUUUGUGGAAAAAGCAGCGUAGAGUGGUAUAAGAGAAAUAUCCCAUGGAACCUCCGAAGGAGCCCACAAAGCCAUGUCUGGAAACGGAUGCGGCACUCGCUGCAUCAGCGGCCAAUGCAGUGGAACAAUGGCGUACGUAUCAAAAUGCAUAUACAUUGUAUCAGCAGCAGUAUGCCGCAUACGAAGAGUACAUGCGAAAACAGGCAACUCUUUCCACUUACGAGGAGCAGCAAGCAGCUUAUAAUGAAUAUCUACAAGCACAUAAUGGUUAUCAAAGUCAGCUUGAACAGUAUGAGCACCAGAAAGUAUACCAGGAUUAUUAUGCUGCAACAGGAGAAGUAGCUCCGGUUGCCGCUUUUUAUCCAACUACAACGACUUUUCUUCCAACGGCGAUGGCAGUUCCCCCGCCAGUAUUUACGACUCCACUCGCUAAUGUUGAUGCUUUUUACAACCAAUCACAAGAUCACUAUCGGGAUCCAUCAACUCUGAAACAUAAAUCAGAUGCAUCCGUUAAAAGAUCUAAGGUUUAUACCACGACGAACUUUUAUGCAAAUCCUGACGACGAAGAACUGUUUCCUGCGGACCUGAAACAACUUUUUGAACCAUUGAAUUGCGGUCUGUGCAAGAGUAAGAUGAACUCCCAUAUCUCCGCGAAUGUGCAUUAUCAAUCGAAGGUGCAUGAAAGAAAAAUUAUCCAAUGGCUUCAGGAUUAUUGUGAACGUACUGGCACUCCCAUGCCGUAUCGUGCAAAGCGUAGACCGGUACAAGUCGAGCCGGUUGGACCGAAUUCAUUGCGAUGUGAUGCUUGCGAUUUGCCUUUAACAUCGAUUCAACAUGCCAAUCAGCACUAUACUGGAAAACGGCAUCAGAUGGUAGUGCGUGGUAGAAAAACUCCUGCUGGGAGGGGCUACUACAACAAAGAAGGUGUUUGGACUAGAGUUUUGACUGACACGGAUGAAGCACCGGAACGCUUUGGAAUUGGACAGUCAUUCGCCAAACAGAAAACUCGAUACAACGCAAAAGAUGCCAAGCGAAUUCGUUUAGAACCGCCUCCGUCUCCUCCGCCUGGUGUUAAGGAGAUUGUUGGAAACGUUCUCGAUGGAACUGUGGGAGUACCAGCGAUAAUAGCUACUGUACAACCAGACACUCCUGUGCACGCACCAUCGAUAACCCCCUCAUAUGCUCCAAUGGUGAAUCCUACUUAUACUCCUGGCUUCAUCGCCCAAUCAGCCGGAGUUUCAAACCCAGUUGAAGCGAUUAAAACCGUUGAAAGCGAAAUUCAGAAAAAAGAAAGUGCUGAUUGUGUCGAUGAAACCGGUGUAUUUUGCAAGGUAUGUCAGAUUGCUGUAACUUCAACAACAGUUAUGGAGACCCAUUUGAAAGGUGUCAAACAUUUGAAGAAGCUUAAAUCUAUGGGUCGUAUGCUGCCUAUAAAUGACAACGGAAACGCAAUGGAAAGCAUUCUGUCCACGCUCAACAAGCCGCCACAACAAUACGAUUGGUCACUGUAUCGUAUGCCAUCGGGAAAGUACUAUUGUAAAUCAUGCAACUCUAUUCUGGCCGAUGAGAAACUCUUUUCUCAACAUUGGUACAGUAAAAAGCACAAAUUGAAGGUGAAGCAGGAAAUGGACGAGUUGUCAGGAAAAACGGAGACGAAACCGUUUUAUAAUAAACGUCCUUUCGGAAAGGGUCGUUUCGUAAAAAACCAGUGAAUGUAAGGUUAUAACUUAUUGCACCUCUCAAACAUGACUUACAAAUUUCAAUUGUAUAACUGUCAUAUUUUGAAACAAUAAAUUUUGAGACUCAA